AGAGCCCUCACAUGCCGAUAGGAUCAAAUGUUCCAAGUGUGACCGUCCUGCUAGACACUGUUGAAGCCGGUUUUGCACUGUUACCAUUCAGGUUCGAACAAAUGGCGCUGCGCAAGGUGCGCAGCAACCUUGACAGGUUGUUCGAUAAGAGCCUCACAGACUUGAUACGCGGCAUUCGAAACAAUAAGGAAAAUGAGGCUCGAUAUAUCGCGUCGUGCAUUGAAGAAAUUAAGAUGGAACUUCGGCAGGACUCAACGUACAUCAAAGCGAAUGCCAUCGAGAAACUCGCAUAUCUUCAAAUGCUUGGCUACGACAUUUCUUGGGCGGCUUUCAAUAUCAUCGAAGUAAUGGCGUCCACAAAGUACACAGAAAAGAGGAUAGGUUAUUUGGCUGCAGCGCAGUGCUUCCAUGAUACAACAGAUGUGUUGAUGUUGACUACGAACUUAAUACGGAAAGAUUUGAACAGUACGAAUAUUUAUGAUUCUGGCGUUGCACUUGGUGGACUGUCUUGCUUUGUUACCCCAGAUUUAGCGAGAGAUCUUGCUAGUGACAUAGUAAAUCUGCUAUCUUCAUCGCGGCCGUACACUCGAAAACGAGCGGUACUGCUGUUGUAUAAAAUCUUUCUCAAAUAUCCGGAAGCUUUGAGACCUACCUUCCCGAGAUUAAAGGAUAAGCUCGAGGAUCCGGAUCCAGGCGUCCAAAGUGCAGCUGUAAAUGUGAUUUGCGAGCUGGCUAGAAAAAAUCCAAAAAAUUACCUAACAUUAGCUCCUGUAUUCUUCAAACUCAUGACUACAUCAAGCAACAACUGGAUGUUGAUAAAAAUUAUCAAACUGUUUGGUGCACUUGUGCCUCUAGAACCUCGUCUUGGUAAAAAACUUCUCGAGCCCCUUACGAAUCUCAUUAACAGCACAUCGGCAAUGUCACUGCUAUACGAAUGCAUCAAUACUGUGAUUGCUGUUUUGAUCAGCAUAUCAGCAGGAGGAGAUCAUGCUGCAAGCAUACAGCUUUGCGUGCAGAAACUUGGGGUUCUCAUUGAGGAUUCUGACCAAAAUCUCAAGUAUUUGGGAUUGUUGGCAAUGGGCAAGAUUUUGCAAACACAUCCAAAAGCUGUGCAGGCUCACAAAGACAUUGUGCUUCGGUGUCUGGACGAUAAAGAUGAGAGUAUACGAUUAAGAUCCCUGGAUCUUCUGUAUGGCAUGGUGUCCAAGAAGAACAUAAUGGAAAUUGUAAAGAAAUUGAUGGAACACGUCGAGUCAGCUGAGGGUUCACAUUACAGGGAUGAGCUACUGACAAGAAUAAUCGGAAUAUGUAGCUACAAUAAUUACCAGUUUAUCACUAACUUCGAAUGGUACAUUUCGGUGUUGGUAGAGCUCACAAAAGUCGAAGGCACAAAACAUGGUGCAAAGAUCGCGGAACAGAUACAAGAUGUCACUGUGCGCGUGGAAUCUAUCCGGCAUUUCUCUGUAUCGCAGAUGGCUUUGUUGGUUGAAAAUGCUCACGUAUUGCUGGCUGGUAGUGCACAACAAAGAAGCAAUAUUUCUGAAGUGCUGCUGGCAGCUGCUUGGAUCUGUGGAGAGUACAGUCAACAUGUCCGAAAUGUGCAAUCGGUACUGGAGUCAAUGUUGCGAGCGCGUACAUCAGUGAUGUCCGGUCAUAUUUUAUCAGUCUAUGUACAGAAUAUUGGCAAAUUGUAUAGUACUUUGCUGUCCAAAGCUGAAGAGGAUGAUGACUGGGAUGCGAUCGAAUCCCUUGAUAAUCUCAUGCUUUCUAAAUUAGCUGACUUUGAGCUUGCGGAACAUUUAGAGGCGCAAGAGAGAGCAUGCACCCUGAUGAGUAUACUACGGGUUGCUGAAACAACUCAUGCAAAUCGUGAGAAAAUAGCAGACGAUAUAGCAAAGCUCUAUGAGGGAGAACUGAAUCCGGUUGCUGCCAAAGCUCAAAAGAAAGUGCCGAUACCGGAGGGUCUCGACCUCGACCAAUGGAUCAACGAGCCAUGGGAGGACACACCAGAAUCGAGCGAAGAAAGUGAUGUUGAGACUACUUUUGGGCAGCCAGCACCACGUAUCCGCAGCGAAUUCACAAGCUUUGGAUCUGUACCAACAUACGAAGAUGAACCGAAGUUUGGUGAAAAGCCUAGAAAGAAUAAGAAAAAGGAGGCUGUUGAACUCUCUCCUGAAGAAAUUGAGAGAAGGCGCAAAGCGAGAGAAGCAGAACGAGAGAGCAACCCUUACUAUGUGAAAGGCACUGCCGCGCCAAAACGUCCCACUCGAUUUGUUACUAUGGAAUCAAUGCAUGCUAAUGACGGCGAUAAGAUCGACAUCCAGAGUCCUUUGGAGAUUCCAGGGGUUGUGGGUUUAUCUCGGUAUAUGGAGCAGCAAGAUUCGACAUUGACGUGGAAGGAGGCUAAGGAAGACGUGAAGAAGAAGAAGAAGGGAAAGGGAAAGAAAGGAAAGAAGAAGCGACGUGUCAGCACUUCCAGCGAAGAGGAGGUGACUGUAGUGCAUCAGGUAAAUCGUGCUGAUGGUGAAAUGCCAGAGGGUGCAAAAUCGACGGACGACGAGGACGACGCAGCUAAACUUGCUUCCGAUGAGUUCCGAGCUCUCGACAUCAAUCUUGAUGAACCAUUGAGACCUGAUGAGGUGGUUCGAGGGCCUCCAGUUUACAAUAGACAACGUGCAACAUCACCGCGAGGACCGCUUGUGCCACGAUCACCCACAGCAACUUCGUACCAAAACCGUGCUCCACUCGACUUAAUCGAGCCUAUCAAGAAAAAGAAGAAGGAGAAGGCAGUGAAAGACGACGGGGUACAAAAGAAGAAAAAGAAGAAGAAGGCACCAGCAGUUACCCACACUGAGAAUGCUAUCGCAGCUCCUCACGAUGAACUGGACAUUGAUGCUUGGUUAAGAGACGAGCAAGCACCGGCACCUACCGUUGUUGAAAAUUCCAAGCCCGAAAAGAAGACGAAAAAGAAGAAGAAGCUGACUGUUGCGAGGGAAGCUUAUGAGGAAACCUCAGGUGUCUGCACUCCUUCAAAUCCCAAUAUCGACCGCAUCUCGCCAAAGACCAGUCAUUGCACAACGCCUGGUAGCGCGAAACUUUGCUCCAAUUCUGACCUUGUCGUGGACUACGCAACAACCGCUAAUCCUGGCAGUGAAGAGGUCAUAAUCAAACUAGGAUUGAUUAUUCCUGGCCCACGUCGACUGAAAGAUAUCGAGGCAAAUGUUGUUGACACGCUCAAUGCUCGUAUGGUUAGGAGUGAGCCUGGAUUCUUACUGCCGACAGCAUUAUCACCUGGUGAUCAUGGUGAACUGCGUUUGCAUAUAGCUCUUGUUUCUAAGACAACAUCACAGACCUUGAGAGGGACAAUAACUUACCUUGCUGAGGAGGAGGACGGGUCAGUUCCUGGAAAGCUUGAUUUCAAAGUUCCCUUGCGAUCUACAGACUCACUGCUCUCGGUGGCGAUAAGCAAAAGUGACUUUUCUCAACUUCUUGCCGACGGUCCUGUGGACUUCUCAGCUUCAGCUCAGUUUGCUUCUGAAUCUGGUUUUCGUGAUCUUCUUACAAGGAUCACCUUUGUUGGACAUUUGUCAGUUGUGGAAGAGGUCUCUUCAGCUGCAUCGCUGUAUGCGACAACUACAUCGGGAAGUCCUGUGUGCGUGUUAUUGAAGAAAAAUGAAGAGAAUGUCCACAUAGCUUGCAAGAGUGGUGAUCAAAAACUGGCUGACGUUAUAGUCGAAGAUUUAAAGGACAUUUGCACCAGAAGAUGAUUUUAUUUGAAGAGUCAGGCCUGCUUUUUUGAAUGCACGCAAAGUUUUGAAAUUAUGUACAGUUUAUAUACUUUACUCAUCUGACGUUUCCAAAGUUCCAAAAACCAUUCAAGUUCAUUGCCCAAUAGUAGACAAGGAAGCUUUUUGUUUUUACCAAUCUUGCAUGUUUUACAAUAAUUUUGUAAGAGCAAAUAGCAUCCCUUGUUAUGCAUACGGGGGUGUUACUAUCUUCCAAUAGUUUGUUGCACAUUUUCUUCUCACUCUCACUGUUGUGCAUGUGCGAGGUCUUUUAAUCAUAUAAUCGGCUAUGCUCAUCCUCAAAAAACGUUUUUCGAUUUGAAACUCUUUUCUACGUGUUCUGUUGCUGUAAUUUAUUGUUUGCAUUUACAUGAGAUUGACAUUCCGUGAGAGACUUGGAUACGAGACAUCAUAUUUACGCUGACUUGACAUCUUCUUUCUUUCUUUCCUCGUUUUCUACGUCUGGUGAGCACUGUGUUACUUUCUUUAGUCAAAAUCCUCCAUAAAAUUAAUGCUUUUACUAGGAAAAAUUUAUUUCAUUUACUCGAGGAUUGUUGAUGAUUGAUUUUAAACGGAGGAUAGCUUGCCCCUAGCAUCUAAUUUUGAUAAUGUUCACUUUGCAUAAGCUUGUAUAGUAGUGGUAACAAGAUGCAUAAAUAUCUGUCUUAUGAGACGUGGUAUAAAUAUUACGU